AUUAACGCGGGACCGUGUGAGACAUGAAUCCGUUGAAACCACGUCCACGGGUGAGAAAGGUAGCGUUAGAAAGUCAACAGAGGGUAUAUGAUGGCUCGAUUUCAUCAAACGUGUAAUAAAUAAACCUGUACGCAGUUUAGCUUCGUUUGUUGAAGUCGGUGUUAUUCGUUCACUGUACUGUUUACCAAACGUUUGCUAGCUAACAUCCGCUAAUCAGCUGACUGAGCUCGGUUUCUAAAUGGACCCGACGGAGGACUUGUCUGCUCGGGUCUUGCUGAAACAUAUUCUCAGCACCGACCCACCCAGGUCUCCCAUCACCCGCAGUUCCUCCAAAGCCCAGAGUGCCAGUGCAAGCAGGCGCAGCAGCAGACUGAGUAACAAAGAUGCUGGUGCCCAAACCCCACAGGGCCUCCUAAGGCGCAGCCUGAAACAUAAAAUACGUGAGAGUAUAACCAGGAAAUCCCUGCCUGCUACUAAAAGGAGGACCGCCUCAGUUGUGCUCAGAAAGACAAACACGCCUGCUCCAUCCUCGAUGCUGUUUGACGAUGGAGACACGCCGAGGCACAUACUCAUGAACAUCCUGCGGACCGAGCCUGUGAGGUCCCCAGUGGUUCAUGAGAAAGCUGCCUCAGAAGAGCCACAGCCGUCUUCUGCCAACUCCAGUAUUACCAGCAAGCGUCCAAGUAUCGAACUGUCAGGGUUCGACUUGCCUGAUAUAACUAUUGGCAACGCAGCAAGUACGGCGAAGGGACUGAGCAGAAAGAGACCACGUCGGAGCCUUAAUGUAACAGCUUUUGAAAAGCGUCUUAAAGAUGGAGAUGGUGUUGAAGAGGAAAAUGAGGAAUCAGUAGGGGACCAUUCAUCACUUUCUUUGUCAAGUUCUACCUCUCUGAGUCUAAAAACACCCUUUGUGGAUGUUCGGACAGAGAAAAAGGGCCUGCAGAGAAGAGCAUCAAACCGUCGGAUAAUCUCAGAGGAAGAAUUUGGAGCUGCUGUGAAUAAAAGGCAGAUGGGAGGACCGAGCAGCUUUGCGCAGAUGGAGUGUCUCAAUGAGACCACCUUCUCUGAGGGCUUCACUUUGGGCCUAAGCAAACUCAGUGAACCUGAUAUCACAACUGAUAUCCUCCACUGUAACACGGCUCUCUACGCCCAGCCCGAUGCCAUGACCUCCAACUUUUCCAUUGUUGCGACUCAGGACAAGCCCACGGUGAUGGCGUCUCAGCUUCAGAGGCAGAUGAUAGAGGAGGAGGAGGAGCAGACGGAAGCGGAGCAGAGCAAGCCGGAGAAGGAGAAAUCAAUGUAUCUGUUUCCAACUGAAGAGGGAGUUGUGGCAGAACCUCAGAAUGAAGAAUGUUUUUCUCAGUCCGUGGAUAAUGGGACAGCAGAUGUUCAACCUGAAGAUCCUGAAGAAGCAGCAGCCAUGAGGGGGGAAGAGGAGGAGAAUCGAGUGGAAGCUGAAACAGAAGAGGAAGACUAUCAAAACGAAGAAAAAGAAGGCGCAGUUGACUCUCAAACUGAAGAAGAUAUAGAAGAGGGUGGAGUUGAUUCCCAGCCUGAGGAGGAUGUUGCAGCCAGGUCUCAGUCUGAAGACGAGGAGGUUGCGGCUGACUCUCAGAUGGAAGAAGAUGUUGAAGAAGGUGCAGUGGACUCUCAGAUUGAAGAAGAAGGUGCUGCUGAUUCUCAGUUUGAGGAGGAUGUGGCUGAAUAUCAAGAUGAUCCUGCAGCCAGUUCACAGUCUGAAGAAGAAGAUGGUGGUUUGGCUGAUUCUCAACCUGAAGAUGAGCAUGAUGGAGAGCUGAGGGAAGAUGACGAACCGCCAUCGGAACAGCUGCAAUGUGACUUAGAACACAUCAGUCGAAGGGCUCAUCUCUCGGGGGAUGGAGUCGUGCCUGUAACAGAAGCAGGCAGGGAUUUAGCAGAUACCACAGAUGCAGCGUGGUCUGAUGGCAAGUCCAAAGCACUCAGUGCUAUUGAGUCCUCAACCAAAGGACAAAUGGGUGCCUUUUACACAGAGGCCGAGCCCAAGUCGGAUAAAGAGGGCUCCUUUCAUCUAUCAAUUGAUGACCUGAGUGACAAUUCACCUGAAGAAGCUGCUGCUCAGGACCCUGCUGAACAGGAGGAGGAGUGGGAGGAUGAAGAAAAUGAAGAAAAUGAAGAGAGUGAAGAGGUCCCAAGCAAGACUCCAGCAUUUGUCCGAGAGAAAAGGAACAUGUUUCAUCCUGAUCCUCUGGCCUCACCUUCUGUUCUUAAGAAUGUUCAAACCAGCAGUACAAGUGAAAGUUUGCCUGCAGCUAAACCUAAGCAGGUGAGAAAAGUGAGGACAGGGCCAGCUAAGAAGCAAACAGGCCUUCCUAAGAGCUACCUUAUGGGCGUGUUUAAGCACUUCGCCAAAACAAAGGUCUCUGCAGACGUUUACCCUGUCCUCAAAGAAACAAUGGAUAAAUUCUUUGAGCGGAUGGCAGAGGACUUGGAGACGUAUGCCGUUCACGCAAAGAGAAAAACCAUAGAGGUUGAAGAUGCUGAACUUCUGUUGAGAAGGCAGGGCUACGUGAAUGAUAAGGUGCCGGUGGAAGUGCUUAUUGAAAAAUAUCUUCGUAUGGACCAGCGCAAGCUCCUGAUCCCCAUUGCAACCAGUGGAAAUGUCGUCAUCCCUAAAAAGCGGAGAUGAGUGUCUUAUUUACGGCUACAUUUUGUUUUAUCUGGUUUCAUUUUGGGGGAAUUUUAGUUGUAAUGCAUUUGAUUUGGACAACUGAUAUCUCCUUUUUAAUCAGAAUAUAAAGGUUAUCUGUGAAUGUGUAAAUAUUUGUCAACAUACUCUUUACUAAGACUUCAGUUUUGUAUGUCAUGUCUGUUUAACUUUUUAUCUGUAUUAUUAUACUGUGGGGUCAAGUCUGAGUGGUGAAAUAAAGUUAUCUGAUUCAUUUCUUGA